AUGGAUGGCGAAACCCAACUCUGGUCAAUGAUUGAGCCCCAGGGCGAAAUGACCUCAACGGUCCGCAUGCGUAUGGCUGCCCGUCACGUUAGCUAUUCGCCUGUUUUGCAAUCCAUCAUCUCGAUUGACGAAAACGACUUUGGACGUAUGAUGCCCAUUCGUCGUUUCUUCUCAUCGACGGCGGUAGCAAACCUUCCGAGUUCAGUGAUCAGUCUCGCACCUUGCAGCUUCUGGCAUCCCUGUAUCCUCCAGGGUGGCACGGGAGGUGAAGUCACGGCCACCAAUCCAUUCCGCAAGCUUCUCCACACUAAACCGGAGCACUGGCAACAAUAUUGGUUCACCCAUGAAUGGGUGGCUGGGCCCGAUGCAGAUGGCUCUGGGACUAGCCGGUUCUUCGACGGUUACAAAGCAGAGGAAAACCAACUGGCCAAAAAUCUUGCCAGUCGAACUCGACACAUUGCAGAUUGUAGCAUCACCAGCAUCUAUGAGGAAGGUACUCACGUCACGGCGCUUGGCUGGAAUCCCAACCGCCGAUGUGCGGCCUGGGCUUGCGCGGCAUUGGGCUGUGGCCUGUUACGGGUCGAGGAUCUGGCCAUUUCCUAG